GUCUCUGACCCCGUCACCGUGGAGUUUGAGGUCUCCAUCUCGCAGCUGGUCAAAGUUGAUGAGGUGAAUCAGAUUAUGGAAACAAAUUUAUGGCUCAGACAUAUUUGGAAUGACUACAAGCUGCGCUGGAUGCCGGCAGAGUUUGAUGGGAUCGAGUUCAUUAGAGUUCCAUCAAACAAGAUCUGGAGACCCGACAUUGUGCUCUACAACAAUGCUGUAGGUGAUUUCCUGGUGGAGGACAAGACCAAGGCUCUGCUGAAGUUUGAUGGCACCAUCACCUGGGUUCCCCCAGCCAUUUUCAAAUCCUCGUGCCCCAUGGACAUCACCUACUUCCCCUUCGACUAUCAGAACUGCUCCAUGAAGUUCGGCUCCUGGACUUACGACAAAGCCAAGAUUGAUCUGGUACUCAUUGGGUCUAAGGUGAACCUGAAAGACUUCUGGGAGAGCGGUGAAUGGGAAAUUAUCGACGCUCCGGGCUACAAGCAUGAUAUCAAGUACAACUGCUGCGAGGAGAUCUACCCAGACAUCACCUACUCCUUCUACAUCCGGCGCCUGCCACUCUUCUACACCAUCAACCUCAUCAUCCCCUGCCUCCUCAUCUCUUUCCUCACAGUGCUGGUUUUCUAUCUCCCGUCUGACUGUGGAGAGAAGGUCACGCUCUGUAUCUCCGUCCUGCUCUCCCUCACUGUGUUCCUGCUCGUUAUCACGGAGACCAUCCCCUCCACGUCGCUGGUCAUCCCGCUCAUCGGGGAGUACCUGCUCUUCACAAUGAUCUUCGUCACGCUCAGCAUCGUCAUCACUGUGUUCGUGCUGAACGUACACUACCGCACGCCAAUGACCCACACCAUGCCGGGUUGGGUGCGCUCCGUGUUCCUCAAAGUGCUGCCGAGGAUUAUGCUGAUGCGGAGGCCGAUUGACGAGGACAGCAAAGCUCGGGGGUUGGACAGCAGUGGGGAGGCAGGAGGAGCUGGAGGGGGAGGAGGAGGCGGAGGAGGAAAAGGAGGGAAGAAAAGGAAGAAUAGCUUGAUGCAGGUCGGAGGAGGCUCCCUCAACUGUCUCGAGUUUGGGGACAGUAAGCUCUCGUCCGUGGAGGGCUGCACCGGGAAGAAAUGCCCCUGCCCCUGCCAGCAUAGCAAGGAGACCCCAGAAACACCAGACAUGGGGAAGGUGACGCGUCAGCUGAGUCCACAGAGCAUCAACACAGUGGUGGCCUUUUCUGUGGUGUCCCCUGAGAUCAAACAGGCCAUUGAGAGCGUCAAGUACAUCGCUGAGAACAUGAGGAGCCGCAACAAGGCCAAGGAGGUGGAGGAUGACUGGAAGUAUGUUGCCAUGGUGAUCGAUAGAAUCUUCCUUUGGGUGUUUGUGACCGUGUGCGUCCUGGGAACCGUGGGCCUCUUCCUCCAGCCUCUUUGUGGCUUUGUCUCAUAA